CGCGGGGCCGUCGCGGAGCUCCGCGAAGUUCCGCGGGGCCCGGGGAAGUUUGGGCUCGGCUCGGCUCGGCCCCGGCCAUGGCCUUCCGCCGGCGGGCCAAGAGCCACCCGCUCUUCAGCCAGGAGUUCCUCAUCCACAACCACGCCGACAUCGGCUUCUGCCUGGUGCUCAGCGUCCUCAUCGCCCUCAUGUUCGAGGUCACAGCCAAGACUGCCUUCCUGUUCAUCUUACCUCAGUACAACGUUAGUGUGCCUACAGCAGAUGGGGAGCUGGUCCAGUAUCACUAUGGGCUGAAGGAUCUGGUCACCAUCCUCUUCUACAUCUUCAUCGCCAUCAUCCUGCACGCGGUGGUGCAGGAAUACGCCCUGGACAAAAUCAACAGGCGUCUGCAUCUCUCCAAGGUCAAACACAGCAAGUUCAAUGAGUCAGGGCAGCUGGUUGCCUUCCACCUCACCUCUGUGAUCUGGUGCUUGUACGUCGUGGUGACGGAAGGAUACGUAUCAAACCCCCGGAGUCUGUGGGAAAACUACCCGCAUGUUUAUCUUCCGUUCCAGGUGAAGUUUUUCUACCUGUGCCAGCUGGCGUACUGGCUGCACGCCCUGCCGGAGCUCUACUUCCAAAAAGUUCGCAAGGAGGAGAUCCCCCGCCAACUGCGCUGCAUCGCACUCUACCUGGUGCACAUCGCCGGCGCCUACCUGCUCAAUUUAACCCGCUUGGGGCUGAUCCUCUUGCUGUUGCAGUACUUGGCUGAGUUCUUCUUCCACAUGGCCAGGCUGGUUUACUUCACGGAUGAGAACAAUGAGAAGCUGUUUAAUGUCUGGGCUGUCGUGUUCGUGGUCACCAGGCUCUUCACCCUCACCUUGUACAUCCUGGUCAUUGGCUUUGGGCUGCCACGGGUGGAGAGCCAGGCCCUGGACCCUGAGAGAGGGAACUUUUUCAGCUUCCUCUUCAACCAUAUCCUUUUCAGAAUGAGUGUGCUGCUGUUGGUGUGCCUCUUCCAGGCCUCGGUGAUGUGGCGCUUCAUCCACUUCCAGCUGCGGCGCUGGAGGGAGUACUGGAACGAGCAGAGCAGUCGGAAGCGAGUUGCCACCACCACCACCGGCACCAAGCAGCAAACCAAGCUGCUCAAGAGGGACUCGGGUUACCAUGAAAACGGGGUGGUGAAAGCAGAGAACGGCACCUCACCUCGAACCAAGAAGCUGAAGUCCCCGUAGAAGCCAAGGGUUGUCUCCUGGGGAGGAGAGCGAGAUACCAAGACUAAGCAGCCCCUCCUCCUGGUCCUCAUGGGCGGCGUCUUGAGUGGCUUGGAAACCAGUCAUCUUCCCAAGGUGUCUCUCGCUCUCCUCCCUUCCUCUCUUGCUCUCUUGAACCAUUUGCAAUAAAACCAAAAAGGUCCCUUUCCCCCGCUCCCUUCCCCUCGUAGGAACCUUUUCCAGCCCUCCUGGUUUUGCCUUCCUCUGUUUGAUGGUAAAUCAGUGUGCAAUUUUGGUUUUUUUCUUUUCUAUUUUAGUGUUUGGUUAUUUUGGUUAAUGGUUACAAAUGUGUCGUAGACGGUUCCAAACGAUCCUUUUUUCUCCCACAGCAUGUUCCUCCCCUCUCUCUUCAUGGUGCUUCCCUGAGUCCCUGGGACAGGGCCACGACAGCUUGAAGGCACCAAAUGUGUGUUAUGGGAACAGGUUCCUGGGGGAGUGUGCUGGGGCUGUGAGAUCCUGAGGCCCUGGGGCACUCUCAGGUGAGAUGGGGCCAGCGCUUGGCAGGGUGGUGAUGCUGCAAAGAGAGACCAGGGUCUGAGGGAGGAACCUCAGCCCUGUCUUGUCUCAUGGCGGACCCCUGGUUACGUGGGGCUUUUCUGACCCCUGGUUUUGAGCUAAUUUUGGAGAGUUGGGCAGCAGAGAGAGGAGAGAAUUUCCUUCUUCAUAUGGAAGGCCCACCUCCCAGCCUCUGCUUGCCCCAGCUCUUCUGGUACAGCUUGGUCUCUCUUGGCUGCCCUGUGGUUGUUCUGGACCUCCCAGCCCCAAGAGCUGAGCAGCUCUGCAGCUCACAGUGCCUUGUCGUGGGGCAGCACCAUCCUCAGGUCCAGGUGAAACCUUGAGUCCUGCCCCGCUCUGAGCGCUGGCCUGGCCCUUUGCCAGCUUGUCUGUGCCUCGUGGACCUGGUGUUCUUGUGGCUCCUGACCGUGUCCAGAUGACAAACUGGCUGCUGCAAAGGGUUUUUGCAUCAAUGGGACUGUGCCCCUCGUGCUGUCACCUCAGCCUUCCUCAUCCCUACCGUACCAGUCCAGCCGUGCCAUCGGUAGCCACCAGCUUCACUCUUUGUUUCCAAAGGAUACAGUGCUUGUAUCCACCCAAGGUGCUAUCAAAUCCAGGGUUUCUUCCAAAAAAUCUAUCCCCUUCAUCCCUUUCCGAGCUGUGAACGAGAUGACAGGGAGGGAAGGGGAAGGAAGCCAGGGCUGCAAGGAGCAGCUCACGUUUUAGGAAAAGCCUGACUUGUGACGUGUAGCUGUUGGCAGAUGGAGUUGUCUCAAAUCUACCUCAGAGGCCAUCUGUUGCUGCAGACCACUUUCCCCUCUUGCUCCUGCCCGCUCCCACCUCCUUGUGCUGGCAGGAGCUUUUGUGGAAAGCCAGAUCCCACCGGCUUGAUCCCUUGCUGCUGAGGAGCAGCAUCUGCUUGGGGUUUCGUGGGUCAGUGCCAUCUCACUGAACUUCUUUGGGGUGCCACACACCAGGCUGGGUUUGGCAGGUGAGCAGCAGUGGCACCUCUCACCCCACACUCUCCUCCAGGGCAGUCCCUAAGCUGGGCUUUGCUGUUGGUGCCUCUUGUGCAGCAAAGUCGGGCGUAGCUUUAGUUCUGCUUUGCCGCCGCAGGAACAGGCGACUCGUGUGUUCCCUUGGCUGGGCGAGGAGAGAGGGCACAGAGCUGGGGGGAGCUGGGGUGCUCUUCCAUAGGCAGUCCAGGAUUGAUGCUUGGUGUGCCCCUUGCUCAGCCCUUCGGGCAGCUGAGCUCUGGCUCUCUCCCAGUGCAAUUCCAGCUUGAGGCUGGCGCAGGUGUUCUUCUCAUCAGUUGUGUUUUGAGGAAUGGGUGAGAGUUGAUUUUCUGCCCCUCUUUGAGCUGAGUUGGGGAUUUCCCUGUUUCUGUGGGUGCCUUUUGUCCCUUCCUUCCCCUCUCCUUGUUGGGGAUGCACUGGAGGGAGAAAAUGUUCAGGGAUACGAGGACAAUUGGUCAAAUUCCUGUUGGUCCUCCAUCCUCACGACCUAUGAGUGUCAAGCGAGAGAGAUUGGCAGGAGAGGGUUUCCCCCUUUCUCGGGGGAGCUGAGGAAGGAGGUUGGAGCAGAGCCCUUGGAGGUAUCUUGCAGUUGCUCCUCAUUUUGGCUCAGAGACA